ACGAUGGUUACCUUUUAAGCCUCGAGAAGUGUUCUGAUCAGUACUUGGCUGCAUGCACAUAUAGGCUUCUUAGAUCUUCUGCCGUUCUGGUCUUUACUUCUGAGUCUUUAGAUUUACUUUUUGUAGAGUAAUUAAAAGCAUAGGGAGAAACUAGGGAACAAUUUCCAAUUGACCUUUCUUUUUCUUCUAGUUUCUACUGUUUUUAUUUAUUUAUUAUUUUUUUCUCUGAGUACUACUUACUUUGAUUUCCUUAUAUAGUCGUGAUUUAUAUUUAGCAGUAUUAUUUUAAGACUUACUCAAACUAACUUCUCAUCUUCUUAUACUAUACUAGUAGAGAUUGUGUUCACAUGAAGAAGGUUUUAGUAACAAUUCAAGGUGUUAUUCUCUUUCUUCUCUACUUCAGCAGUAGUGUGUUUGUUAUGUGUGAAGAUGAAAUAGUACUAGACUCAGCCUCUUCACUGGCACCAAUGGAGAAAACAGAGCAGGAAGCUCUUUAUGCUGCUAUUCAAAGCUUUGUGGGGAAAUGGUGGAACGGUUCAGAUCUCUAUCCAGACCCUUGUGGAUGGACUCCAAUACAGGGAGUUUACUGUGAUCUGUAUGAUGGGUUGUGGUACAUUUCUGAUAUAAACAUUGGACCGGUUUAUGACAACUCUCUAAAAUGUUCACCCAAUGCAAAAAUUUCACACCACUUAUUCAAGCUCAAGCACUUGAAGACCCUCUCAAUCUUUAGUUGCUUCUUCUCACAAAACAGAAACCCGAUCACAAUCUCAACUUUUAGAUGGGAGAAGUUCACUCACAGCUUAGAGUCCUUAGAAUUCAGAUUAAACCCAGGUCUCAUUGGAACAGUCCCAACCACCAUGGGAAAUCUCACCAAACUCCAAUCUCUAGUGCUGCUUGAAAAUGGGUUAACUGGUGAGCUACCAACGGAAAUUGGAAACUUGGUUAACUUGAGAAAACUUGUCCUUUCACGUAACCAUUUUUUGGGUCAAAUUCCUUCAAGUUUUGGACAGUUGUCUGAGCUCUUAAUACUUGAUGCAAGUAGCAAUAGCCUUUCUGGUUCAUUGCCUUUGCGUUUUGGAUCUCUGAGAUCACUUUUAAAGCUUGAUCUGAGCAAUAAUAUGCUAAAGGGUAACUUGCCUAGAGAGAUUGGUAAGCUCAAUAAUCUCACACUGUUAGACCUUGGAAGUAACAGGUUUUCUGGUGGGUUACUUGAGUCACUUGGAGAAAUGGUUUCCUUGAAAGAAAUGGUGAUAUCCAAUAACCCAGUUGGGGGUGACCUGAAAAGCAAUAUUGAGUGGAAAAAGUUGCAAAACUUGGAAAUUUUGGAUCUUUCUAACUCAAGUUUGACAGGGGACAUUCCAGAAUCCUUGGCAGAAAUGAAAAGGCUUAGAUUUUUGGGGCUUAGCUAUAACAAUCUCUCAGGAAUAGUCCCACCAAGGUUGGCAUCUCUGCCUUGUAUUAGUACACUUUACCUUGGAGGAAACAAUUUGACAGGAGAGCUUGGAUUCUCAGAAGGGUUUUAUAGGAAAAUGGGAUGGCGUUUUGGAGCUUGGAACAACCCAAAUCUUUGUUACAAUAUGGCUCAGUUGACUUCCAGUACUACUAGUUAUGCUCCUCAUGGGGUUAGACCAUGUAACCAAGAAUCAAAUAGUUACAAAAGAGUUUCAAAUGAAAAGAUAAGUAAUAGUACUAAUGGGGACUGGAACACCACUGAUAAUUUCUUUUCAGUGAGAUCUUUAGGAUUUUUAAGCUGUAGUGUUGGUGGGUUUUGGCACGUUUUUUGUGUUCAAGGAAUGCUCAUUAUGUUUCUAUGGAGUGUAAUGUUAUAGAUUCUCAAAGGGUAAAUAAGAAUUUUCAUUUGUCUUGAUAAUCGGCUUACAGGUUAUUUCCCACCCAAGUUAAAGGGUCCUCAAACUAAUGCAGUAAGUCGAUGUGUUGUAAAUUUUGGUCCUCAAACUAAUGCAAUAAUAGAAGCAUUAU